AGUGCCUUCAGCAUAAACAAAUCCAGAAAUCUCCCAGGACAAAUCAUUUGCCAACUAAAGGAAAAGGCCUGGGGUUUAUGUUUUCACUCGGAGCUCGAGGUGGAAACUUUCUGGGGGAACAAGACAGACCCAGCAUCAGUGGAUGUCACUACAUUAAAACAAGGAUGGAUGAGGAGUUACCAGAUGGGGUUCUCUUCAAAGAUCACAACUUCUCCUCUGACUUGUUGAGACAACUCAAUAGCUUAAGACAAAGCAGGAUCCUGACUGACGUGAGCAUCUGUUGUGGUAACUGGGAAGUCCCCUGCCAUCGCAAUGUACUGGCCUCCAGCAGCCCCUACUUCAAGGCCAUGUUCUGCAGCCACUUCCGUGAGAGCAGAGAGGCCAGAGUGCACCUAAAAGGCAUUGACGCCCCAACUCUGGAGCAGGUUGUCACAUAUGUGUACACUGGAGAGGUACACAUCUCAGCCACCACCGUCCUCCUACUGAUGGAAGCAGCUGCCAUGCUGCAAUACCCUAGGUUGUUUGAGGCCUGCUCCUCAUACCUGCAGAGCCAGCUGGCCCCCAGCAACUGCCUGGGCCUGGUCAGACUUGCAGAGAUCUUAAGCUGUGAGAGCCUUAAGAAGAAAGCCAGGGAGGUGGCCUUGGCAUACUUCCCAGAGGUAGCAGUAUCAGCUGACCUCAAGGAACUCUGUGCCAUGGAAUUGAGAGACUACCUGGGAGAUGAUGGGCUCUGUGGGGAGGAGGAGAAGGUGUUUGAGGCCCUCAUGUCUUGGGUCAAGCAUGACCUCCAGGCCAGGUGGCAGUACAUGCAGGAACUGCUGCAGCAAGUCCGCCUGCAAUACAUCCAUCCAGCCUUCUUCCACCACUUCAUCGCCAAUGAUGCCCUCCUCCAGUCCUCUCCUGCAUGCCAGGCCAUCCUGGAGAUGGCCAGGAAGGAGAUGUUCUCCUUGUACAGCCCCGGUGCCCAGGACUGCAAACCCCUGUGGCAUGUCCCCCCAAGGAACUCCUAUCAAGAUUUCCUCCUCCUCCUUGGGGGGAGGAAGGACAACCAGCAGACCACCAGGGACGUCCUACUUUACAGCGCACAGACUGGCCAGUGGCAGAGCCUGGCCAAACUCCCUGAGAGGCUGUAUAAGGCCUCAGCUGUCACUUUGCACCGCAGUGUCUAUGUGCUCGGAGGCAUGGCAGUUAGUGAGGGGAAGAGUCUUGUCAGUCAUAAUGUCUAUAUCUUCUCCCUGAAACUUAACCAGUGGAGGCUGGGGGAGCCCAUGCUGGCAGCCCGCUACUCCCACAGAAGCACUGCAUACAAGAACUUCAUCUUUUCCAUUGGGGGCACUGGAGAAAGACAGGAGUUCCUGGCCUCCAUGGAGAGGUAUGACAGCAUCCGUGAUGUCUGGGAGAGCACAGCUAGCAUGCCAGUGGCCGUGCUCCACCCUGCUGUCGCAGUGAAGGACCAAAGGCUCUAUCUUUUCGGGGGUGAGGACAUCAUGCAGAACCCUGUGCGUCUUAUCCAGGUUUAUCACAUUUCCAGAAACACAUGGUUCAAAAUGGAGACAAGGAUGAUCAAGAAUGUGUGUGCCCCUGCGGUGGUGCUAGGGGAACGGAUUGUCAUUGUGGGAGGUUACACAAGGAGGAUUCUUGCUUAUGAUCCUCAGUCCAACAAAUUUGUUAAAUGUGCAGACAUGAAAGACCGGAGGAUGCACCACGGGGCUGCAGUGAUGGGAAACAAGCUGUAUGUGACAGGUGGACGGCGGCUGACCACAGACUGCAACAUUGAGGACUCAGCCUCCUUUGACUGUUAUGACCCUGAGACGGACACCUGGACAUCCCAGGGAGAGCUGCCUCACAAACUCUUUGACCAUGCCUGCCUGACUCUCCAGUGUAUACCCCAUAGAGCCCACCUCUUGUGAGGGUCACAAGGAGCCUGUGUCAGUCAAAAUAUAUCUGUUGCAAGAGACCUUGAUCAAACUCCAAAGACCUUAGACCUAAGAACUCCACAGGACUGAAGGUCAAAACUACCACUCUCCACAAAUUAAUCUUCUAAAAAAAUUACUGGUGGGGCCUUUUCAAACUCCAUCCCUACCUCUUGAAGUAGUCACUGCUGCCAAGAAUUGUGCUAUUAUAACUGGGUAGGCCUAGAUCACAUCCCUCCAAGUGUAAGUAGGUUUAACUAUGGUGAUUGAAAACCCAAACUGCAUUGAACAGGACAGAAGAGGUUCCUCAGAGGAAGAAGGAAUUCUGGACACACAUACACACACCUGCUCACAUCACCUUGGCACCUGGAAUGAGAGGGCUGAGAGGGCCACGAGAGCCCCUGCAAUCACUCAGGCCAGGUGGCAGCAUGAGAAACUGGCCACAAUGGUGUUUCCCUUCCUUCUAUGCAUGUGGUAUGUUAAAAUUCCAGUGAAGUAUGUGUAGUUCAGUAUCUAGAGUUUGCAAAAUUACCUCACACUGAAAAACAUAAUA